UAUCCCCCCUCAGUGUACACACACAUCCUCCUCACCCUGAUUAUUCAUCUCAAUAUUUAUAUCCCUGCACCCAGCGGGUACCGUUUAUAAGCGGCCGGGGAGGUGAGCAACCGAACGUGGUGUCUGGAGAGGAGCACGCCGACUGCACCGGGAGCUAGAGAGAGAAAGCGGACGGAGGAGACCCGAGCUCGGCCAGUUCCCCCACACCUCCUGCUGCCUGCAUGUAUUUACUGUCUAGUGGUUCCCGCUUAGCCCCUACCCCCAGCCGCCGCCAGCAGCAGCAGCAGCAACUACCGGGCCCGAAACCGCAGCGACUGAGCCCGUGUUGUGAGGCGCUGAAUGCAGACUAACAGGGAUGCCCAAAGAAAAAUAUGACCCUCCUGAUCCUCGUAGAAUAUAUACAAUCAUGUCAGCAGAAGAGGUGGCCAAUGGCAAGAAGUCUCACUGGGAUGAAUUGGAAAUUUCUGGGAGGGUGCGAAGUUUAAGCACAUCGCUUUGGUCAUUGACGCACUUGACUGUGUUGCACCUCAGUGAUAACAACCUCUCUCGUAUUCCACCUGAUAUUGCCAAGCUCCACAAUCUGGUUUAUUUGGACCUCUCUUCCAAUAAGCUCAGAAGUUUACCAGCAGAGCUAGGGAACGUUGUGUCUCUCAGGGAAUUGCUUUUAAAUAACAAUCUGUUACGGGUUUUACCUUAUGAACUGGGGCGACUGUUCAGGCUUCAGACCCUGGGUUUAAAAGGCAAUCCUUUAUCACAGGAUAUUCUCGGUCUGUACCAGGAGCCAGAUGGGAUCAGAAAGCUACUGAACUACAUGCUUGACAAUCUAGCAGUUCAUCCAGAACAGCUUCCUCAGAGGCCGUGGAUUACUUUAAAAGAACGAGACCAAAUUCUUCCCUCAGUUUCCUUCACAGUUAUGUGUUACAAUGUCCUUUGUGAUAAAUACGCUACUCGGCAGCUUUACGGCUAUUGCCCUUCCUGGGGAUUAAAUUGGGAGUACCGAAAAAAAGGAAUCAUGGAAGAAAUAGUCAGCUGUGAUGCGGAUAUCAUCAGCCUUCAGGAAGUUGAAACCGAGCAAUACUUCACCCUUUUCCUGCCAGCAUUAAAAGACCGUGGAUAUGAUGGUUUCUUUUCUCCAAAGUCGCGUGCCAAAAUAAUGUCAGAACACGAGAAGAAGCACGUGGAUGGUUGUGCAAUAUUUUUCAGAACAGAAAAAUUUUCUCUGGUGGCAAAACAUACAGUGGAAUUCAACCAGGUAGCCAUGGCCAACUCUGAGGGAUCAGAAGCUAUGCUUAAUAGAGUUAUGACAAAGGAUAAUAUUGGCGUCUCUGUUUUGCUUGAAGUCCACAAAGAUCUCCCUGGGGGAGGUAUGAAGGCUCAUCAUUCAACUGAUAAACAGCUUCUCUUGGUAGCUAAUGCCCACAUGCAUUGGGACCCGGAAUAUUCUGAUGUCAAGCUUAUCCAAACUAUGAUGUUUGUCUCUGAACUUAAAAGCAUUCUAGAGAAGGCAGCAAGCAGACCUGGCAGCCCUGCACUUGAUCCAAAUUCCAUCCCGUUCGUGUUGUGUGCUGAUCUAAACUCCUUGCCAGAUUCAGGUGUGGUGGAAUAUCUAACCAAUGGAGUGGUAGCUGACAAUCAUAAGGACUUUAAGGAGCUUCGAUACAAUGAGUGUCUCACCAACUUCAGCUGCAAUGGGAAGAAUGGGACCCCAGAUGGAAGAAUUACACAUGGCUUCCAGCUGAGGAGCGCCUAUGAAAACAACUUAAUGCCUUACACCAAUUACACCUUUGAUUUCAAAGGUGUCAUUGACUACAUCUUCUACUCCAAGACACACAUGGAUGUUCUUGGCGUCCUGGGGCCUUUAGAUCCUCAGUGGAUGGCAGAGAACAACAUCACUGGCUGCCCUCACCCCCACAUACCUUCUGACCACUUCUCACUGUUAACGCAGCUGGAACUCCACCCUCCACUUCUGCCUCUCAUCAAUGGUGUACACUUGCCAAGCAGGAGGUAGUGCUGACUGAGGCUUGGCAGUCGUUCUCAUGGACCUGUACAGCUGUAAGAGUCUGUAGGAGUGAAAUAUGGCCAACCUAAAGCUGCUUUUUCACGGCUCCUUCCCUUCUGUCAAAGCCGUGUUUCUGCAUAUUUUUUUGCAGGGAGGCAAUAUUUGACAUUGGGGUUGGUACAGAAUCUGUCCCCCUCCAACUGUGUUUUUUUUUUUUUUUUUUUUUUUUUUUUUUUGUUACUUUUUAAACAAGCUUAAUUUUUUUUUUUUUCUCUUCUACUCUCCCGUGAGCCUUGUCUUGUAAAAACUAAAAUUAAUUCCAUUGACAACAGCUAGAUACCAGGCUAUUUUCCCUUUUAAAUAUAGCUGAAUCCCAAUGAGUAGUUAAUAAGUUGUUCCAACUCUGUAAUUGUCCUAGGAAAAAAAACAUGAUUUUACCCUACUUUUUGAUGGCUACCUUAGCUCUCCUAAAAGUAAAGCACAACCUUGUUUUACCCCCUUUCCAUGCUUCCACACUUUCUUCCAUAUAUGUAUCCUAGAAAUGAAUUACUUUUAAGAGGGGAAAAAAUACAACCUAUUCAUCUUGAUUCCCCCUAUAUUUUUGGCUUGAGAAAACCCACUGUCGGUGGCUGCAAAGAAUUGUGAAUAGUUUGUUAACCAGUCAUGAAUUUACUUUACCUCUUCCACAAUGUGAUCAGGUCAAUGGUAGUCCAUUUUUUAAAUUAUGUAUUUCAGCCUUAAAUGCCAUCUGUCACAGUGAUCUUGGACUUUCAUCAGCUGUACAAUGAGUAGUACUGCACUUAAGGAGUCCAGAUGUUUUAGUUUCCUACUGAUCCCCGCCCCCUCACUUUCUGGUUUUAAACAUGUACAGAAUUGGUCAGGACUGUCAUGCCAACACAAUGGAAUGACUCCUGUGCACAUGCACAACAGUCAUGACAAUGUAUUUCAGUGCAGCUUUAAACCAUGACCGUAGUAGAACACAGGUGCAGUAGGAAAAUGGUGAUUUGAACCCCUUAUUUGUAGUAUUUGUCAUGUAUUGCUGAAGAUAGUCCAAAAUUAUGGUGACAGAUUUGUUCAGGUUAUUAAUGCAGAUUAACUAUUCACAUUUAUAAUAUUACUGGAGGAAGGAAAAGGAUGGAUUGCCAGUCCAACACUGUCACCAAAGAUCCUACUUAGUAACCCAACUUAUAUAAUUUUUUAUUUAGUCCCUCGCCCCAUCUCUAUUUCUGGCUUAACCAAUCCUGAUUUACUAUUGGUUUGGAACCAUUUUGAGAAUUUUUUUUAAUUUAUUUUUUGGGGUAGGUAGCCAAAAGGAGCGAGUAGAAGUAGUUUACAUUCUAAAGUGGGGUUUCACAUGCUAUCAUUGGCACGUUUCCAACAUCCUGCAUUUUCAAGACUUUCCAUCUAAAUUCCCAUAUUAAAAAAGAAAACCUGUCCCCAUCUGAUAAGGUUUUACAAAUCAGCUGUAGUGUAGCUUUGUAACAAUAUGUACCUUGCCUAAAGGUGGUCUUCAACUUUUUGUUCCCUAACGCCUGGCAGUGAAGGGUUUAAAGAGUCUUGCUGUUAAUUAAAAUUUUUAUUUUUUUUGUUGAAAAAUUUGUAUUGCACUGGUUAAAUGGCCUCUAGCUGCAACAUUUUCUUGUCUCUUGCUGCUAUGUUUUUAAAACUGCUUUUAAAUGAAAAUAAUUCUCAAUGCACUUUAUUGCUUUGUUUCCCAAUGUGGUCACUUCUCAGACGCAAUCUUUUCUGAACUUUUAACCAAGGGCCCUUUUAGAAAGUUACUGCUGGAUGCGAAAAGGUCCAUUCGAUGGGUAUAAACGCAGGACUCUUCCCCCUUUCACUAAUGACUGCAUUUCCCUCCUGCCUGUGGGUUUCCCCACAUACAGUUUCUAUAGACCGUUUAUGUAUUUUACGUAAGGUACAUAUAAUCUGCAGUCUCCACUAAAUUCCUGAAGUGCCUUCGUAGAUAUGUUUAAUAUAAACUCUCUAUUCCACAUGACUAUAAAAUAUUUGGUGAUGAAGUAAAAUGCCUUGUGUAGCCCUGACAUUUGCCUGGUCUACACUUGCACCUCUAAGGCCAUGUUUACGUGUGGUUUUUGUAUGAUUUUAUUAUAGCCACAAAUGUGAUUACAUCAAGAGAUUUUAGUUUUUUUGGCUUAAAAUGCAUCAAAACCACACUCUUUAAACAAGGUCUAAAUGUUUUUUUUGCUUCAAACUUGGCUUUGAAUGCACUUUGUACCCACAUGCCUCUCUAAAACAGAUGCCAUAGGGUUACUAAGAAAUGCUUCUUCUAUGGAGUUGUCCACUUGCUUUCCUGUGUAGCAUAGGUGGUGCCAGGUGUUGUCUGAAAAUGACCUAACUUAGAACUUUAUCGGCCCAAAAGAAACUAGAAGAAUAUUUUAGACCCACUUUGGGAACAAUUGGGUUACCACAAAUGCAAUGAAUCCGAAUUUAACUUUCACAUAGAAAACAAGCUAGAUUAUCUGCAUCUACAACUUCUCAGGUACUGUAUAUAUUGUUAAACUGUAAAGCAUCAGACAAAGGAUUAUUAAGGUAGUCCGCUCCUUUCUGCAGAAGUGACAUGUAUGUAGCAGCACAAAGUACUUUAAAUAUAACAAGUCCUACUCAAUUAGGGUCAUUGUUCAUAAUGGAAGAGCAUGUCACUUAUCAGAACUUCUGUUUGGGCAGUGUCCAUGUCGCAUUGAAUGAUGGGCAUCACUGCGCAUGUACGAGUCAUUUAAUGAAUACCAGCUACUUUUAUGAAACGUUAAAUGCUUAACUGCUGCAGUGUUGACUACCUGAAGCAUUCGCCCAUGUAUUUUUGGGUUCAGCAUAAGAAAUGUGCUAGAUCAUGUCAAAGCCAGUAUGUUGUCUUUAGGUUGCUACUACAUUUUUUUCAGUUGUGGUUUCUUUUCAGCAACAUUCUUGAUACUGGCUGAUUUACUCUCCCUUGCUUUAUAUUCAUUGGUUAACUUUUUGAACGUGACCUUUUGCCAUUUGUUUGCAUUGAGCAAAGCAAGUGAAUGCAAAAAAAACCCCUCCCCAUCUCUAUUUUAUUUGCAGUAAAUGUGGCCUAGGCUGUCCUACCUGUGACUUUAAAGUUUUAACGUUUAUAAAUUGAGUUAAUAAAACAUGUGAAAGGAUAUUUUAAUAAGAAGCAAUGUCCAGUUUUUAUUCAUAAAAAAAAUUGUACUGUGUAAAAUUGUAAGAAUAAAAGUUUCCCCCCCCCCUUUUUUUUUUUUUGCUUAACCCCUUCACCGCCAGAGGUUGGAACAAUUUGAAGACCCCCCUCUAAGGUCAAAGGGGUACAUUUGCUUUUCAAACAUGGUUUGUUUUGCACUCGGAUCUGUCUGUCGGUAUUUUUGUUGUCCUUGCCUAUGAAUGCCAUUAAAUCAAUUAUGCAUUGGUAAAAAGCAGAAGCACUGAUUUAUUUACUGUUUCCUAAUGUAAUUUGAAGGCUAUUUUUUAUGGUUUCUAUUGCUGGCUUCUACCUUCCCCUUUUUUUUUUUCCUGCAGAAGUUUUGAAAAUUCUAAUUUGUCAUCCAUGUGGUUUAGGCCGAGUUCAUAUCACUGUUUAACUUUCCAUUCUUCAGUUGUCAGAACACGGGUUUAAAAAAAAGUCCCAGUAUUUUGAGCAUCAGUUCUGAUGAGUUUGUCAGAUAUUUUUGAUAGAAGAAAGUCAUGCAUGCAGUACUGAUCAUAACGGAUACUAAGAAAAGACGGAUCAGUUAAUUUAACUAAACUGUGUGAACUCGGCCUUACUAGUUAAUGUCAUUCAUUGAUCUGUGAAGUUGUGAAUCCCCUUCAAACAUUUACCUUAAUAUUUCAUAAUGCUUACCCUGCUCUAAUUUUGAAAAAUAUUUUUGAUGUUGCAGAUCUGUCCUUUGAUAGCAUUAGGGCUUUAAAUUUCCCACGUUCUGCCAUUUUUCAGGCUCACAUACCGUCACAUUUGCAGCAACUGUUUAGGUUCCAGCAUUUAUAUUGUUUCCCCUCUGUCCCAUUUUAUCUUCCAUAAGACCCAGUUUUAUUUGGAUCCAGUUCAAUUGCAAAUCUUAUUGUAACUUAUUAUCUGACAAGUUGUCCUUCACAAUUCCUAUUAUAACUAAUGUGCAUUUUUAAAUAUGAGAGGUGUAAUCUCCUUGGUAUUCAUCUAGGUUAUAGUCCCAUCGCUAAAUAUAGAGAUGAGUCAUUACGUCAUAUGUACAUAAACUUGUGUACAUACCCACAACAGUCCCAUUCAUUCACAUAGUGGGCUGUCUGUCAUUUUAGCAACUUUUUCCUUUUAAUGUAAGAGGUUUCCAAAUUUGAUGUGGUCUAUUGUCUGUUUCCAAAGCUUAUGGUUGGUUGGUAAAAAAAAUGUAUCUAGCUAUUAGAUGUUUGGUUUCCUGCAGCACCCUCAGGGCCUGUCUGAUUACUGGAAUUAAGAUUUGAGUAGUUCCGUUCAACAGUUUUGUCUGUUAUGUUUUGGGUUUUUGUGAUUUAACCAGCAGCACUGCCUAUGAAAGCAGAUAACAAAAAAACUAAAAAUCUUAGCCCUGAUGAAGGGUAAUGAUUUUUAAAGUGAUUUUAUGUAAUAAAAUGUAUGAAAUAGCUAUUUUCUAUUUUCUGUGUAUUAAAUUGGUGAAAAGAUUGUCAAUUCUGUAAAACCGUAGCCUCAGAACUGGCACAACAGUCACAUCUUUUGAUAUACUUUCAUCUCCAAGAGUUAUAUAUAAAUAUAUAUUUUUGUUUUACACCCAGGGCUCAAUUUUUUAAUAAAAGCUGAAACCCUGUUAAAAAAAAAAGGAAAAAAGUAUUAGGAGCACUAUUAAAGGGGUUCUCCAGGAAUUAAGAAUUAAUUAAAAUACUUAAAUAUUACUUCAUUAUAAAUAUAUUCCCAAAUACCUUACAUUAGCUGUUAUAAUGGCUCGUUUUGUCUAGGGAGCAAUCAUUUGGAGAAACAAAUUGGCUGCAGUCCUAUUGGUACACACAACCUGUCUUAGUCCACAGCAGGGCAAGUUACUUCACAACACUGAGAUAAAGAGCUGCCUCAUCCUCCUCUUUGUUUUACUUGUUGGGGAGUCCAGGAGCAGAUGUGGCUAAUGAGCAGCACUUGUAUGUAGUCUCCAUUACCUGUCUGUCCUCUCAGUACUUCAUGUCUCCUCAUGAUCUCCAUUCCCACAAAGAUUUAGCGAAAUAUAUUAAACUGUAUUCAGGAUCAUAUUCCCUGACAAGUAGAGGAUGAGGCAGCUGUUUACCCUCGGUGCUGUGAAGUAACUUGUCCUCCUGUAUGAUUUAGGACUGGUUUUGUGUGUACGAAUAGGAUGUGGCCAUUUUGUUUCUCCUUGUGAUUGCUCCCUAGACAAAAGAGCCAUUUUAUAACGAAUAUAUUUAUAAUAAAGUAAUAUUUUCAAGUAUUUUAUCUUAAUUCCCAGAGAACCCCUUUUAAGCAUUCGAGCCUGGUCAGAAUCCACUUUUCCUCAUGCUUGUAUAUGAUGUAGAUGUAAAGGUGACGUUGUACAAAUACUACUUUUUCUAAGCAAACACUUGCUUUCAUAUUGCAGUAGUGAUAAAAAUGACCUUUCACAGUGGUUUUUGUAAUUGAUUUCAUAUAACAUGCAUUGGUGUUUGCUUCAAGUGAAGCUGUUUAAUUGAAAAUCUGUCACAUUGAGCAUUCUCAUGGCUUUGUAGCCACAUUAGAAAAGAUAUUUAGCUUGGUCAACUUUAAAAACUAAAAUGUAUGCAGCAUGUAAAGCAUCACCUUGAAAUCUAAACCCUUCCCACUUAUAACCUAUUGCCAUAUGCUUUUAGAAUGUGUUCAUUUCCUUUAGCAAAUCACUACAGUCUUAUUUGCUCCAUGAAGUACUCCUCUCAGAAAGUACUGUAUUGCAGCUGCCUGAUUUCUAAUGUACGAGGUUACAUCCCUCCAGAUAAGCCAGAAAUCGCGUCAGUUUUAACGCGGUGAUGUGCUUGUAAUCUUUUAGUAAGUUCUUUGUAAUUCAAGGCUGAUUCUUCUGUCAUUCUGGAGGGAUACUUUUUCUGAUCAUGCCUGGAAUACUCAAAUUGUGCACUGCCAUUAAGUUGUGUGUUUUUUUUUUUUUUUUUUUUUUGUUUUAAAUCUAAUGGAGAUUGUGGAACUUUAUAACCUUUCUAAUUAAAUAAUGUGAGUGAAGAACCCCAUUUGUAUGUGCUGGGGUGAUUUAUAUUCGGCCAAGAACAAUAAAAUGUUCUACAGAUGGAAGUUAAAUUUAAAAAAAUAAUGAUCCACCCCUUUGGAAUUGUAUGAAGUGUCCUCACCCCUUAAUUAUUGUAGAAAAUAAAAUCUGAUGGAAAACAGACUUCAUAUUACUAUUUUAAAAUAAAUGCAUAUGCGUACAAUUUUUCACAAAAGUUUCAUUUUGCUACUUGCAUAAAUCAUGUUUCAUCACAAUCAAAUGGUGUCUUGUUGAAUUGGGAAUUAACCUAAGAUUUUAACUCUUAAACAUGUUUAUUGCUUGGUUGGGUUCCCUCAUUGAGGAUUUACACAGAUGCAAAUGGUUUCAGUGGGACUAUUUUCAAUAAAAGUAAAUUAAACAUGGGUUUGCCCACUUUUAAACUGGUGUCUAGUAACUAUACUGUAUAUGUAACUUCCCCACGCUUUGCCACUAGUAAAUGUAUACAUCUACUAUACAGUUGCUGAAUGGUGAUGUCUUCUGAUGUGCUAAGCUCAGGACAGUACUCAGAUUUUACCAGAAAUGCUGUGGGUUUAUUUUUUUUACAUGAAUUUUCCACAUUCAGGAUUAAGCACAAUUCCAGCUUGUGUGCAUUUUAUUUGCCAAACCAUAUAUAAAUGGAUUACUAGAAGUACAUUGGUUGUUGAGUUAUUGAAGAUUUCUAAAGUAUAGUCCCGUCCCGUCCCGUCCCCCCCCCCCAAAAAAACCCUGCAAUUUUACAGGGGUUAAAAUGGAAUGUAUGUUUAGACCUUCAUUGUAGUUAAUAUUGCACAAAGUAUAGAUUUAGUAAACUACCUACUGGUGCAGUCCUUUAGGAUUUUUACACAUUUCUUUUCCCAUCUCCCUAUGCAUCAUUCCUCUCAACAGUUCAUUACUGCUGUAUAAGUGUGGCAGGCUUAAUACUGCCUUAAUUGGAUGUAUGAUAUGGUGCCUGAGCUUACCACAUAUAAUAUUUUGUAUAGCAUUGUCUGAAGUUUAAUCUAAAAAAAUAUAUAUAGAUGUUGCUCGAUGGGGUCUUUUUCCUGUACACAGUAUGAAUAUGCAAAAAUAAAAUUUUCUUUAAUUUACAGCAAUUGAUCUUUUGAAGUGCAUUUUUAAGAAUGUAUAUCUGAAGGUAAAGAGUUUAUCACCAGCCAUUUUUUUUUAACUUUUUGUAUUUAUGGAGGUAUACCACAAUCUGGACUGCACAGCUGAUGUAUUUUGGGCAAUAUUUGACACAUAAAAUCCUGUGCUCUGGAAAUUUCAUAGUAUUACAAAUGUGAACAGUAAAGAAUCCAGCCUAAAAGUUGCACUGUUUAUCCUGCUUUCUAGACCUGUGGCAGCUGAAGAGGAGAGUUGCUGAAGAACCUCACAGUAUUUCUGAUGACAGAUUGCUUUUAUCCAUUUUGGAGAUCGGGUACUGCUUACAUAUAAUGUAUAGGGCUAAAUUGCUUGUAUCCUUGUGUACCUUUUUUACCCUCCAUCUAUGUAGGCAAUAAAUGGCCAUUUUGCAACUGCA